GGAAAGCAUAGCAAAUGUUGUACCAACAUAUAACUCCCAACUCUCUCUUUGUUCUCGAACUGAAAUGAUCUUAGCAAGCAAACUCUUUGCCUUGCCCCUGAUAUCUUUUCCAAGCAAGCCUCCGAAGCUUUUUCCCUUGAAGGCCUUUCCUUCGCGCGCAAAGAUGUGAAGGUCAAGCAAGUGAACGCCUGUUUAAAAAGAUUCCACCUUCUAAAUGGGGUGAUCACUUCCUGUCUGCUCAUGUGGAUGCAUCGGAAAUGGACGCGCUUGGGAGAGAGAUUGAGGCACUAAAGCCAGUGGUGGGUGGCAUGAUGAUAUCUUCCCAAUGCGCGGACUCGACUAAGAAGAGAAUCCUUAUAAUAUAUUUGCUAGUGAGCCUAGGUCUGAUGUAUCUGUUCGAGGACGAAAUCGAGGAGUGUCUAAAAGAAAGUUUUGGAAAGCUAGAAGCUAUGUUGGCCGGUGAAAAUGACUUGUACACGGUAUGUACAAUCUUCUGGGUUUUCAGGACAUACGGUUACAACAUGUCUUCCGACGUGUUUGAAAGAUUCAAAGGGGAAAACGGAAAGUUUAAGGAAAGUCUAAUCGAGGAUGCCAAGGGUAUGGUGAGCUUGUAUGAAGCCGCCCACUUGGGGACAACAACAGAUUAUAUAUUGGACGAAGCUUUGAGCUUCACGGAAAUAAACUUGGAGUCGAUAGCUACAACUAAAGCAACAAGUCCUCAUAUCUCAGUGCGUAUACGUAAUGCUCUUUCCAUGCCCCAGCAUUUUAAUGCCGAAAUGUUGUUCGCGAGGGAAUACAUAUCAUUCUAUGAACAAGAAGAAUGUCACGACAAGAUGCUCCUGAAAUUUUCUAAGAUCAACUUUAGGUUCUUGCAGCUGACCUGGAUUCAAGAACUAAAAACUCUCACCAAAUGGUGGAAGCAGUAUGAUUUUGCAUCUAAACUCCCUCCUUAUUUUAGGGACAGGAUGAUCGAGUGCUAUAUAUUUGCAGUAACCAUAUAUUUCGAGCCACGAUAUUCACGAGCGAGAGCUGCAAUUUGUAGGUUUAGCACUCUCUACACCAUCAUUGACGAUACAUGUGAUAGAUAUGCGUCUCUUUCCGAAGUUGCAGAUCUUGUUCAUUGCGUUGAAAGGUGGGCUCCCGAUUGCAAAGACAGUUUACCGAAAUAUAUGCAACCCGUUUUCAAGUUUGCUUGGAAUGUUUUUAAAGAGAGUGAGCGCGAGGGCAUAUCUGAAGAAGGAUUGUCAUUUAAUGUGCAAGGUUUACUUCAAGAGCAGUUCAAGAUCUACCUAAGAGCACUCCUUUGCUUCGAGGAAUGGGCACAAACAGAUGUGGUGCCUGCUUUUGAUGAAUACUUGGAUAUUGGGGGAGAGGAAGUUACUGUGCUAGUAUCUAUAGCAGACACUUUUCUUGGGCUAGGAGAAACUGCUAGGGAAGAAGGUUAUAAAUGGUUAGAAUCCAGACCGAAAUACAUUAAGGCUCAUGCUAGAAGAGGUCGUCUGGUGAAUGAUAUGAGUGGUUUCGAGGACGAUAUGAGCAGAGGGUAUAAAGCGAAUUCCAUCAACUAUUAUAUGAAGCAGUACGGAGUUACAGAGGAGGAAGCGUUUUCAGAGCUUAAGAAAAUGGUUAGGGACUUGGACAAGAUUGUGAACGAGGAAUUCUUGAAAGAAGCAACUACAUUGCCGCGCGAGAUCCUAAAACGAGUCGUUGAUAUUGGAAGAAUUGUAGCUUUCAGCUACAGAUGCGGGGAAGAGUACACUAAUUCAGACGGAAGAUUCAAGGAGCAUAUCACCUCUUUGUUCGUCAAUCUUAUUCCCCUUUGAAGUAAGAAUAAGAAUAUUUGGUCCUCAUUUCAGUUGUAAGAUCCAUAUGUGGUUGGGAUCCAUGACGUGUUUCUGUUUACUUUAUCGACGCAUUUAAGCUUUGUGUUGAAUUUGCUGUCUACUUCAUAUGAAAACUAUCAUGUUUAUUUGGCUUUGCUAUUGUAUCUUAUGUUUUUUUUUUUGAAAAUAUUGUAUCUUAUGUUUGGUUUCUAAGAAGAUGUUUAAUUCUUCUUGCUUUUGUAAUCCUUAAAAUUUGAU